AAGGAAAAAAGUCAAAAUCGAUUGAAGACGGUUACGUUAGCGCAAGAGAAGAAAGUGGCAAAUGAAUCGAACGUUCAGUUUUGUUGGUAUGAGAUAUUCCGGCAAUAUAACAAGGAUGAACUCGCUACAUCCGCUGUACACUCAACACUUCAACGUGAUAGGCAAGAAAGUUUGGUUCGAGAAAAAGUUACAAGACGAUUAGAGAGUAUAGAUGAUGAUCGCACGUACAAGCGUCACAGGUCACAGUCUCCGAACAUUGAG